AUGGCCAGAAGAAGGAAACAACCUCAACUAACCCUAGCAUCACUGCAUCUCAGCAAUGCUCUUCCGUUCGAUCUGGUGGUUGAAAUACUGUGUAGACUCUCCGUCAAACACCUCCUUCAACUCCGCUGCGUCUGUAAAUCAUGGAAUUCUCUUAUCUUUCGAGAUUUUGAAUUUGCCAAGAAGCAACUCCGCUUGUCAACCUCCAGCCACCACCUCAUCCUAUCUUCACGUCAGUUGCUUCUUUCACAUUGCCCAAUUUCCUCUAUCUUCACCUCCACAUCCACUACUUCUACUACUAGUGUCAAACAAUUCGGCUUUUCUAAGAGAAGUAUUCUUAACAAAAUAAGAUAUGAUAAUAGAGCUUCCACUUGUGACGGCAUCCUAUGUUAUAAGAUAGUUGAUUCUUCGGCACUGGUGUGUAACCCUUUCAUUGGAAAAUUCAAAAAAUUGCCUCUUUUGAAAUUUCCACUCCAAAUAUUUACCUCAUAUACCUUAGCGUAUGAUCGUUUCACUAAUAGUUAUAAGGUUAUUGCUGUUAAUCACAAUAGUAGAAAAAUAGAAGUCAAUGUUCAUACUUUAGGUACUCAUUAUUGGAGAAGGAUUUCGGACUUCCCAGGUUCUGACCUCACUCCUAAGUCUAGACCGGGAAUAUUUGUGAAUGACUCUGUUAAUUGGUUGACAUAUGAUUUAGCUUGUAAAGGGGCUUUAAUUGUUUCUCUAAAUUUAGAGAAAGAGUCUUAUCAAAAGCAUUCACUGCCUGUCUUCGAUGUGCGAUUCCCAAUUUCUUAUUCGAGUAUCUUAGGAAUAUUAAGGGGUUGUUUGUCUCUCCUCUCUUCUAGGGACAAGUUUUGUGAUGUUCGGAUUAUGAAAGAAUAUGGUAAUGAAAAUUCUUGGAUUAAAUUGUUAAGUGUUCCUCACAUGAAACUACCGCGUGUUUUUGGUUAUACCAAUGUAUUAUAUAUUUCAGAGGAUGGCCAAGUCUUGAUGGAGUUUUUCAAGGAGUGGGAGGGAUUUAAUUUGGUGGUUUAUGAUUCCAUAAAUAAUAUAUUUAAGAAUCCUAAAUUUCAAAACAACAUCCAUUGUAAGAUGGUGGCACAAGAAGUCUAUGUUGAGAGCUUGAUAUAUCCUUUAUAA